AUGACGGUGUGCGAGAUCGGGGCGGGGAGCGCGCCGAACGCGCGGUAUUACGCGAACGCGUCGCGCGGGCCGGAGACGAUGGACUGGGUCGGCGUCGACCCGAACGACUCGAUGCGAGCGUACGCGGAAGAAAACGUGGCGGCGGCGAACGACGGUGGUCGGGUGAAGAUAAACGCGAGAUACGUGCACGGCGUGGGUGAGGCGCUGCCGCUGCCGGACGCGAGCGCGGAUGCGGUGGUGUCGACGUUGACGCUGUGCUCGGUGCUCGAUCAGGGGCGGACGCUGCGAGAGAUUCGUCGGGUGCUAAAACCGGGAGGGAAAUUUUUGUUUCUCGAGCACGUGCUGUCGAGGGAUCCGAGCUUUGCGAGGUUGCAAAUCGCGCUGACGCCGAUGCAAAUCAGCGUGGCGGAUGGGUGUCAUCUGGACCGACGGACGCUGGACGAGAUCGAGGACGGCGGGUUGUUUUCGAGCGUGAACGCGGAGUACUACGAGCUCGACGGGUUUUGGGUGAUCGCGCCGCAAGUCGCCGGCAUCGCCGUGGCUUAG